CAAUUAUUCCUCCUUUCGCACCUGUUUACCUUCUGUCUCUCUCUCUCUCUGUGACUGGGAUCUCUUUGGCCUUCAAGGCCAAGAUGACAGAUGCAAGAUCAUCAUCAUCCAGGAACCUCCCUGAUUUCAAGAAAUCUGUUAAAUUGAAGUAUGUUAAGCUUGGUUAUCACUAUUUAAUCACCCAUGGAAUGUACCUUUUUCUUUCCCCACUUUUGAUCUUGAUUGCUGCUCAACUCUCCACUUUUUCAAUUCAAGACAUUUAUGAUCUUUGGGAGCAUCUACAAUACAAUUUGAUAUCUGUCAUUGUUUGUACAACUCUACUUGUUUUUCUAUCAACACUCUACUUUUUUACUCGUUCUCAACCGGUGUACCUUGUCAAUUUCGCCUGUUACAAGCCUGAGGAAUCGCGGAAGUGCACGAAAAGGAUGUUUAUGGACCAGUCCCGAUUUAUUGGUACUUUUACGGAGGAAAAUCUCAAAUUCCAGCAAAAGAUUCUUGAGAGAUCUGGCCUUGGGGAAUCAACUUAUCUUCCUGAGGCUGUCCUCAAUUUUCCUCCUAACCCUUCAAUGAAAGAAGCUAGAAAAGAAGCUGAGACUGUGAUGUUUGGUGCUAUUGAUGAGCUAUUCGGUAAGACUUCUGUGAAGCCUAAAGAUAUUGGAAUUUUGAUUGUAAAUUGUAGCCUUUUCAACCCAACUCCGUCGCUCUCUGCGAUGAUUGUCAAUCAUUAUAAGCUUCGCGGAAAUAUAAAGAGCUACAACCUAGGUGGGAUGGGUUGCAGUGCGGGACUGAUCUCAAUUGAUCUUGCUAAAGAUCUUCUUCAGGUCAAUCCGAACUCGUAUGCAUUGGUCAUUAGCAUGGAGAAUAUCACACUGAAUUGGUAUUUUGGAAAUGAUCGGUCGAAACUUGUUUCUAAUUGUUUAUUUCGUAUGGGAGGAGCUGCAGUUCUUCUUUCCAACAAAAGCUCAGACAGAAGAAGAUCGAAAUACCGAUUGGUCACUGCUGUUCGCACUAACAAGGCUUCUGAUGAAAAGUGCUUUAGCUGUGUGACCCAAGAAGAAGAUGCCACUGGCAAGAUUGGUGUUACUUUGUCGAAAGAUCUUAUGGCAGUUGCUGGCGAUGCUUUAAAAACCAAUAUCACUACACUCGGGCCUCUUGUACUUCCAACAUCCGAGCAGCUUCUAUUCUUCACCACAUUGAUUGGGAAGAAGCUUUUCAAGAUGAAGAUCAAACCUUAUAUUCCAGAUUUCAAGCUAGCUUUUGAACAUUUUUGCAUCCACGCCGGAGGCAGAGCUGUUUUGGAUGAACUGGAGAAGAACUUGCAGUUAUCUCCUUGGCAUAUGGAGCCAUCGAGGAUGACGCUUUAUCGUUUCGGAAACACGUCUAGCAGUUCACUUUGGUAUGAAAUGGCUUACACAGAAGCGAAAGGGAGGAUCAGGAAGGGAGAUAGAACAUGGCAAAUAGCAUUUGGUUCUGGAUUCAAGUGUAACAGUGCAGUGUGGAAGGCUCUUAGGACCAUCAACCCCGCCAAGGAGAAAAGCCCUUGGAUCGAUGAGAUUGACCAGUUUCCUGUCGAUGUUCCAAAGCUGUGCACUGCCUGAUACUUGCGUGUUCGAUGCAAUCCCAACUUGAGGGAACCUGGUUCUUGUGAAGCACAAAUGCAAGCAAAAUAGACACUCGGAAUUUUGAAAUGGAGUAUUCCUGUUUCUGAUGAGCCAGCUGUUCUAAGCUAACAUAGCAGAAACAUUUUUAGAAACCCAGAUCUUUUUUUUUUUUUAAAUCCUUUCUUUUGGCAGGUACUACUUAUCAUGUUAAAAAUCAGAGAGCAAGAAGAACAUAGAAUUAAAGAAGAAAAUUUGGUUUUUAA